AUGAGAUCAACCAUCAUUGCUCUAUCAUUGAUCGUUUUGGUUGCGAAUGUCUUCUCAGCACCAACGAAGGCCGACUUUCGUAAUACACUUCUUCGAGCAUCAGAAACGUCAGAUGGCAUCGAGAGCACCAAUGGACAACUUCAAGGCUUCAUCUUAUCAAACAAUAAUGGUGAGAAAGGAACGGUACGACCACAAAGUGGAUGGAAUUUACCAACUGGUAUGCCGUUGAAUGGCGCUGUUGAUCAUGCAGGUGACGUAACGCUUCAACCAGGUGCAUUGAUUCGUCCAUUACCAGCAAUUAUCAAUCAACAAGGAGCUUCUGGUGCUAGCAUUGCCCGACCAGCACGCAAUAAUCAAAAGGCUUGA